ACUUACACAAAUAUCUGCAUUCAUGUGUGUCCAACAGGUUUCAAUGGCGUCCCCCCUGGAGGUUGACCUGUCAUGCCCCGUGUGCCUGGGGCUCUUCCUGGACCCGCUGCUUCUCUCCUGCGGCCACAGCUUCUGCCGCUCGUGCCUGGAGGAGAGCUGGAGGGAGCAGGGGGAGGAGGAACAGCGGUGCCCCCUCUGCAGACGCCGGAGCUCCAGAGAGCGCCCACCCCCCAACGUGGCCCUGAGGAACAUCUCCGAGGCCUUCCGGAAGGACUGGCAGUCCACUGAUGACUUACACAACAUCACAGAUGAUUUGCACAUGAGGGGAGAGCCUCUGCUCCACGCUCCACACACGUCUCAGGGCGUUUGCCCCGAACACUCGCAGGAGCUCCGGCUCUUCUGUCAGGAUGACGAGCAGCUGGUGUGUCUGGAGUGUGUGUCCCGGCUGCACCGCACACACACCUUCAGCUCCCCCAGCAAGGCUGCCGAGCGGCGCAGGGACAGCAUCAGAUCCAUGAUGAGGACACUAGCAGAUCAGUUGGAUGUUGAUAAAAUCCUCUGUGGUGAAGCUCUUGCUCACAUUAAGGCCCAGUCUGAGGAGACGGAGAGUCGGAUAAAGGAGGAGUUUGAGGAGCUCCGGCGGUUCCUGAGGGCAGAGGAGGAGGCGCGGAUAGCCGCCCUGAGGGAGGAGGAGGAGAGGAGGAGAUGGAGGCUGACGAAGAAGAUGGGAGAGAUGGAGGAAGCCGCCGCUACUCUGGAGAGAAAAGCUGGACUGAUCGAGCUGGAGAUGGGAGCUGGUGACAUCACCUUCCUACAGAAUUGUAAAGACCUGAAACAAAGAGUCAGGUCCUGUCUGCCAGAUCAUGCCCUGAGCUCAGCAGCUCUGAUAGAUGUGGCCAAACACUUGGGGAACGUCCGAUUCAGAGCCUGGGAGAAGAUGAAGAACAUCACCCCAUACAGUUAGUGCAUAGAUCCAUGAUAU